AGGAAAUCUCGCAUUCCGCAAAGACAAAAUUUUGCAGUUGGUAGCAAGACCACCUUCCAAAAGUGUUCGCGUCAUAAUCACUUUCCUUGACCAAUUUGCAGGUGUUUGAGCGCCUACUUUAUAAUUUCUGUAUCUGUUUGCAUUUCAAUCGUCGUGGACUUGUUAGCUGAGAACUCAAGGUGCAAAAGGGGCGCGGAUUGGGAAAAUGGGGCGGUUGCAAGGAUGGACGUCUUUGAUCCUGCUGGCUGCCUUGUUCGCAGUUACCUAUGCCGCAGAUGAGGCAAAUCCUCUUGGCACAGUCAUUGGCAUAGAUCUGGGGACGACUUAUUCCUGUGUGGGGGUCUACAAGAACGGUCAUGUGGAGAUUAUCGCAAAUGACCAGGGGAGCAGAAUCACACCGUCUUGGGUCGCCUUCACUGACACAGAAAGACUGAUCGGCGAGGCAGCAAAGAACCAGGCAGCUCAGAACCACGAAAGGACAGUCUUUGAUGUGAAGAGGCUGAUUGGAAGAAAAUUCUCUGACAAGGAUGUCCAGAGGGAUCUCAAGCUUCUUCCAUACAAGAUCAUCAACAAAGAAAGCAAGCCCAACAUUGAGGUCAAGCUGAAGGAUGGUGAGGUCAAGGUCUUCUCACCAGAGGAGAUUAGCGCCAUGAUCCUUAUCAAAAUGAAGGAGACGGCAGAGGCAUACCUUGGAAAAAAGAUCAAGGAUGCCGUGGUGACCGUGCCAGCGUACUUCAACGACGCGCAGCGCCAGGCUACCAAGGAUGCCGGUGUCAUCGCUGGUUUGAACGUAGCUCGCAUUAUCAACGAGCCAACGGCGGCCGCUAUCGCUUACGGUCUCGACAAGAAGCAGGGAGAGAAGAACAUUCUGGUCUUUGACCUGGGUGGUGGAACAUUUGAUGUCAGCAUCCUCACCAUCGAUGGCGGCGUGUUUGAGGUCGUGUCUACAAACGGUGACACACAUCUGGGAGGUGAGGACUUUGACCAGAGGAUCAUGGAGUACUUCAUCAAGCUCAUCAAGAAGAAGUACAACAAGGACAUCAGCAAAGACAACAGGGCCCUGGGCAAGCUCCGCAGGGAGGCAGAAAGGGCUAAGCGUGCUUUGUCCAACCAACAUCAGGUCCGUGUCGAGAUUGAGUCUCUGUUCGAUGGCACCGACCUCUCCGAGCCCCUGACUCGUGCCCGUUUUGAGGAGCUGAACAACGACCUGUUCAAGAAGACCAUGGGCCCCGUCAAGAAGGCGAUGGAUGAUGCCGGCUUCAAGAAGACCGACAUUGACGAGAUUGUCCUGGUCGGUGGCAGCACCCGUAUCCCCAAGGUGCAGCAGCUGAUCAAGGAGUUCUUUGACGGCAAGGAGCCCAACAAGGGGAUUAACCCCGACGAAGCUGUGGCGUACGGUGCGGCGGUUCAGGGCGGGAUCCUCAGCGGAGAGGGAGGCGAGGAGACCAAAGACCUGCUCCUCCUGGAUGUGGCGCCCCUCACCCUGGGGAUUGAGACCGUCGGCGGGGUCAUGACCAAGCUGAUCCCCAGGAACACCGUCAUCCCCACCAAGAAGUCCCAGGUGUUCACCACCUACCAGGACCAACAGACCACUGUGUCCAUCCAGGUCUUCGAGGGUGAGAGGAGUCUCACGAAGGAUUGUCACGAGCUUGGGAAGUUCGACCUCUCUGGGAUCCCUCCAGCACCGCGUGGUGUGCCCCAGAUUGAGGUCACGUUCGAGGUCGACGCCAACGGCAUCCUGAGCGUGUCGGCUGAGGACAAGGGUACCGGCAAGGCGGAGAAGAUCACCAUCACCAACGACAAGGGCCGCCUCAGCCAGGAGGACAUCGAGCGCAUGGUGGCGGAGGCAGAGGAGUUCGCAGAGGAGGACAAGAAGAUCAAGGAGCGGAUAGACGCGCGCAACCACCUGGAGACGUACGUCUACAACAUGAAGAACACCAUCAACGACUCGGACAAGCUGGGGGACAAGAUCUCGGAGGACGACAAGGAGAGCAUUGAGGCGGCGAUCAAGGACACGCUGGAGUGGAUGGACGACAACCAGUCGGCCGACAAGGAGGAGUACGAGGAGAAGCUCAAGGAGGUCGAGGGCGUGUGUAACCCAAUCAUCUCGAAAUUGUAUCAAGCAGCCGGCCCGGGGGCUGGCGGCGCUGACGAGGACGAAGAUGUCGAGCACGACGAGCUCUAAGAAGCGCGUCUCUUUUUUUGGCAAUGUUUCAGUGUUUGUUCGCUUAGGCCGGCUCGAAAACUUUGGUCCUGAUCUUGUCGAGCUAAGUAGUGUCUAUUUAGAAGGACAAAGUGACACUGCGAGCUGUUCCGGCUUUUUAUUCAAACUUUCUGCAUGCACGUAUGUCUCGCUUCGUCAUCUUCUUUGCAAUGGGGUUGGCAGAAUCAGAUCUCAAUAGAUCUUGAUAGUCGUCAUUUAUUUUCAACAUGGCUUCACUGGUGAUCUGAUCAUGAUCAAAUCCCCCUGCUGCACCUUG